AUGUCGGUUCAGAUCAUGGAUAUGCAAAAAAGGAUUCCCGUCAUUCCACCAGCCGUCUCCUCUUUUAUUGUGAAGGAGGUGUUGAAAAAUGAGGCUGUUCUCAUAAGAGGAUGCAAGAAUAGGAUGAUGGCGUCGAACGUCAUGAGGAAGGAAUUGUGGCAAAGGAUCGCGUUGGAAAUCUGGAGGAAUUUCAACAUACAUCUGACGCCAAUCCAGCUCCAAAACCAUUUUAAUAAUCGCAAGAAGAAAGUGAUGGCCGCUGACUCCUUACAGAAGAAGUACCAGUGCAAGACCGGACUAGGAAGACUCGAGGCUGUAGAGCGUUCUAUUGAUGAGACACGGAGCGCUUUCGGUGACGACGACGCUGAAUUACAUCGCGUUAUUUCGCUGGAGCAAUUGCAGCGGUGGGAAUGCAGUGAGAUGAUCAGCGAGACCGGAAAAUAA